CGUUUUCAGUGCACGUUGGAAUCUUGACGCGAGCGCGACGAUCACUCAUAGUAUAAUCCGUACCCAGAGCGUUUCGAAUAACUCACACCCCGUUUCCCUCGCUUUUUGUGUGUGCAGCUGCUUUUGUGUGCGUGUGUUAGUGUAAGUGCGUGUGCGAUACUCUGUGCAUACACAUCUUUCAAGCCGAAUUAACAGCGACCUGACCUUUGCCAAAGUCUCAGAGCCCCUGACAAUAUGAGAGAAAUAGUGCACCUGCAGGCCGGCCAAUGCGGCAAUCAGAUUGGCUCAAAGUUCUGGGAAAUCAUCUCAGCGGAGCAUGGCAUCGAUCCCAAUGGCUACUACCACGGCGAAUCGGAUCUGCAGUUCGAGCGCAUCGAUGUCUACUACAAUGAGGCGUCCAGCGGCAAGUACGUGCCCCGCGCCGUGCUCAUCGACCUGGAGCCGGGCACCAUGGACUCGGUGCGCCAAUCGACCAUGGGCCAGCUGUUCAGGCCCGAUAAUUUUGUGUUCGGCCAAUCCGGCGCGGGCAACAACUGGGCCAAGGGCCACUACACAGAGGGCGCCGAGCUGAUCGAUUCCGUGCUGGAGGUGAUGCGCAAGGAGUCCGAGGGCUGCGACUGCCUGCAAGGCUUCCAGCUGGCGCACUCACUGGGCGGCGGCACUGGCUCCGGUCUGGGCACUCUGCUCAUUUCGAAAGUACGCGAGGAGUAUCCGGAUCGCAUUAUGAACUCCUUCUCGGUGGUGCCCUCACCCAAGGUGUCGGAGGUGGUCGUUGAGCCAUAUAAUGCGACUCUCUCGGUGCACGAGCUGUGCGUCAACACUGACGAGACGUUCUGCAUUGACAAUGAGGCCUUGUACGACAUUUGCUAUCAGACCUUACGCCUGGGCGCACCCACCUACUCGGAUCUCAACCACUUGGUGUCUAUCACAAUGUCCGGCGUGACCACCUGUCUGCGCUUCCCAGGCCAGCUGAAUGCUGAUCUGCGCAAGCUGGCCGUGAACAUGGUGCCCUUCCCGCGCCUCCACUUCUUCAUGCCCGGCUUUGCGCCGCUGACGGCCAAGGGCUCGCAGCAAUAUCGCGCCCUCACUGUCGCCGAGCUCACCCAGCAGAUGUUCGAUGCCAAGAACAUGAUGACCGCCUGCGAUCCCAGGCAUGGACGUUACCUAACCGUCGCCUGCAUCUUCCGUGGACCCAUGUCCAUGAAGGAGGUGGACACACAAAUGCUCAACGUGCAGAGCAAGAACAGCAGCUACUUUGUCGAAUGGAUACCCAACAAUGUGAAGGUGGCCGUCUGUGACAUUCCGCCGCGCGGGCUCAAGAUGUCGGCCACAUUCAUUGGCAACACGACGGCCAUUCAGGAGAUAUUCAAGCGCAUCUCCGAACAGUUUACGGCCAUGUUCCGCCGCAAGGCCUUCCUGCAUUGGUACACCGGCGAGGGCAUGGACGAGAUGGAGUUCACCGAGGCGGAGAGCAACAUGAACGAUCUGAUAUCCGAGUAUCAGCAGUACCAGGAAGCAACCGCCGACGACGAUGUCGAGUUCGACGACGAGCAGGCCGAGCAGGAGGCCUACGAAUCAGAAGCACUGCAGAACGGCGCCGCCUAAGCAAGUACUCGAAAUAAUCGAGUAUUACUUGUUAUCUGCUGAACUAUCUAUCUAUUUAACUAGGUUUACAGUUGCGUAGACACAAGUAAUGAACGUUAAUAAACAGUAAACAUAGUAUUUCA